CACCAUCACUCUUGUGGUGGCUGUUAUGUAUACCUUUCCCUUGCUUGACUUGCAUUGCAUUUGAUGUGAAGAGAGACCUUAGCCGCUCAGGCCCAAUAGAUACAAGGCAAAGUGGAUAGUUAGAUUUUUGAGUAGAUCAUGUCGUCGUCGUCGUCGUUGUCCGAGAUGAGGCACAAAAUCCCCGCCGAGGAAAGUAAUGGCGUCGGCACUACUACUUCACUGUGUACAUCUAGUAAUAGCACUACCAUGGAGAUUGACGCACUGCCCUUGGAGAAGCACCAUGUCGUGUUGGGUCGUUACAAUCGGGAGAAGAAGACCAAGGCGUUGACUCCGGCUGUUCGCAUGUACAAGAAGGUUCGAGAUCAGGUGGAACGCGGUAAAAACAAGGGCGUGGAACAAUUGCGGCACAUUCAACACGAGACGAGUGUUUUGCUGCAAGAGGAAUUAUUCAACGAGGGUAAAUUGCCGACCGUGACGUUUUGGGUGGACGUGAACAAAGCUCAGAAAGACGGAAAAUUGGAGGAAUUGGAACAAGCCAAUCCACAACUGCGCACGUGUCUGGACUUUGAUGGAGAAGCCGUCGUCUUUGUCCAGGAUCAUCAGGAUUUUUAUCUCAAGGCCGAUUUGGCGGGCCACAAGAAAAAUCGAAGCAAGAAAAGCAGUAAUGUGGCCACGACCGUCAAGAAAACCAAAUUGCUGAGACAUACUCUGGAAAGUCAUACAGGAGAAAAAGAGUCGUCGAAUCGAACAGCUCGCACCGUGUCCACACUGGGAAGUAGCAGUUGCAGCACUAGCAGUACUAUCGUCAGUGGAAGUCAACAACAACAACCCGACACCAAAAAGCCAUUCCAAAUCAUACAACCCAUGGCAGACUCCUUACUGGAACAAGUGGAGCGGAUUUGUAGUCAAUGGAUUCAGCGUGGCAGCAAUAACAGCGACGCCAUCAAGCGCAAGACGGCACUGGCAGAAGUCCUCCAAUCCUACGUUUCCUUCUACCAACGACUGCUGGAAGAAAACAAUCCCUGCCAUCACUCUCCCGUCAAAAUUCUCCAACAAAUGAACGAAACAAUCCUCGUACAAGUCACCAAUACUCUGGGAAAUUCCAUGAUGGACUGGUACGAACAAUAUCCCGAUACGUGCUUGCCCGGAGAAGCCAAUGAAUGGAACAAGGAAAUAAUCCAACAGCCACAAGAAGAGCAGCAGGUCAUGUCCGCCGAGCCUUGCCUGUCGUUUCCAUCCACCGAGGACGCCAAGGUUCAUUCCGAUUCCGAAGGGGCCAUGGAAAAGAGCAGUGUGGGAACGUACGAAAUGUCGUCCGAUGACGAAGGAUUGAUUGCGCGACAUUUCAAAGAACAAUUCAAACUGGGAGAUGCCACUCACAACAUUACUGGCACGAGCCGCGAGAGUCCCAAUUCCUUUCAAUUUCAAGCCGACUUUGACGAUACGCCGUUUCCCAUUCCGGAAACCAGUGCUGCCGAUUUGGAGGGUCGCCUUUCCGAGCACUCGUUCAUGGACGCCACGGCGGCGCCGUUUGAUGGAUUUGGUUCUUCGGGGGACAACAUGGUCUUGUCCGAUGGAAGCUCCUCGUCCGUGAGAGCCAGGGAUUGGUCUCCGUUUGGUAGAGAUCAAAUAGUAACGAUGGAAGGGGCAGGAGGAAGACAGCAAGGGGAGGCGACAGCAAGUAAAUUACACGAAGACGAUGGACGCGUACUCCCGUUGCUCAGUGAGAGCUCACCUGCUGACUUGGGUGCCAGUAGCUCGAAUCAUCGUCCCCAUCGUCGAUGGACCAAGCCGCCAAGCUUUACGAGCAAACGAUACGUCAAAUUGGACAGUCUGAAAGGUGGAAAAUAAGAAUAGCGGUGCUUCGUUACAAUAGUGCGCAACCAGGUGGAUGGGAUCCAGGGACGAGGAGGUGAAACAACCAUCCGUACAACUACAUGUAUUAUUUGGACAACACCGAGGGAACGGGAACCAACAACCGUACAGCUACUGUUGCAGAUUAACAAAAGUGGAACCAGUGCUCAAAUAAAAUGUCAUUUAAUUAUUUUU